CUUUUCUAAUCUCAGUUCAGAAAAUAUUCUCGACGUUGUAGAUGUAUUUUUUCGCUGUGCAGUGUUUAUGCGAGAGACUGAAUUCGUGCUUCUCUGGAAAACAAACUGGCUGUUCUGUGUAAAUAUUUACGCUACGGACUUUGAAUUUAUGCAGUGUUAAAUGAUAUAACUUAUUACUACAGUGUUUUGUGCCAAAAAUAUCCUGGAUUACUUGAAUAGUUUCCCGCUGGGUUUUAUUUUGGACUUUGAGGCAACAAAAAUUUGAAAUAAGUAUCGUUGGAAUUUGAGGAUGUAAAAAUGUAUGGACCUCGUCGUCAGUCGUCACUGAUAUGGGUUUGGCCGGCUGAUAUGGGUCUGGCAGAUGCAGAAUAUUCCUUCCUAUGGUCGAAGCGAAGAUCGCUGGGAUAUGUGCAUUGUGCAUUUUAUCAAUGAAAUUCGAUAUUUUUAAGAUAUUCCAGAAGCCGCUACAGGCGCUGUCUGUUCAUCUAAGAAUUAAGAUCAUGGACAUAUCUCGAAGUCAAAACCACCUGAAGCAAUAAUGAUUCAAUCGACUGAUCUUCAAUAGCCUGUAGAUACCUUCUAGAAGUUAAAACAAGUUAACAAGUCUGAUAAUAGUAAUAAGUGAAUGAAAACACUGUCAUUAUGAAAACCACGAGCGCCUAUCUCGUGGUCUUUCUCACGUGCAUUCUAGCAGCACUUCCAAGUCUAGCCAGUUCUUCGGUCAUUUCUUCCGAGCCCGAAGGACGAUGCGAAGAAAUCACCAUACCGAUGUGCCUCGGAAUAGGAUACAACUACACUCGAAUGCCAAACGAGCUCAACCACGAGACUCAAGACGAAGCUGGUCUAGAGGUCCACCAGUUCUGGCCGCUAGUAGAAAUAAGAUGCUCACCAGAUCUGAAGUUUUUCCUGUGCUCCAUGUACGCACCCAUAUGUUUAGAAGACUUUCUCAAACCAUUACCGCCCUGUAGAGGUAUCUGUACUAGGGCGCGAAUUGGCUGUGAACCCAUCAUGACUCAAUACGGGUUUAAAUGGCCUGAAAGGAUGGAAUGUGAUCAUUUUCCCGUGCAAGGAGGAGAUGUCCUUUGCAUGGACCAACCUGCUCAAAACAAUGCUUCGUCAACUCCUACACCCAAGUCGAACCGGAAAUCAAUGAAACCCUGUAAACCCGGUUCAAAAAACUGCACAGUUCCCCUAGGAGAUCCAAAAAGAAAAGAGUGCAAAUGUCAAUGUCAACAACCCCUCGUCUCCAUGGGGAGAGAAAUGCAACUAGGCAUAAAUCGAAGCGUCGCCGGCAUCGCAAAUUGUGCGUACCCUUGCAAGGAAACGUACUUCAACCCAGACGAAAAGGAGUUCGCCACCAUAUGGAUAACGCUGUGGUCAGGUCUAUGCGCCGCCAGCACCCUAAUGACACUUACCACGUUUUUCAUAGAAACGGAAAGGUUCAAGUACCCUGAGAGACCAAUAGUAUUCUUAUCUGCAUGCUACUUUUUGGUAUCCGUCGGAUACUUAAUAAGAGUAGGAGUGGGCCAUGAAGAAGUUGCCUGCGACGGAAGCAUUAUCAAGUAUACCUCGAAUGGACCGAGUCUUUGUACAGCUGUGUUUUUAUUAGUUUAUUUCUUUGGCAUGGCUUCUUCCAUAUGGUGGGUGGUUCUAUCUCUUACGUGGUUUUUAGCUGCUGGACUGAAAUGGGGAAACGAAGCGAUUGCUAGUUAUGCUCAGUAUUUCCACAUAGCAGCUUGGCUGAUCCCUACCUUCCAAACUUUAGCUGUGCUACUUUCGGGGGCAGUUGAUGGAGACCCAGUCUCUGGCAUUUGUUACGUUGGAAAUAUGAAUAUGGAUAACUUAUGGACUUUUGUUUUGGCUCCUUUGGUGGUCUACUUAAUACUUGGUACUAGUUUUCUAUUAGCUGGAUUUGUUUCGCUGUUUAGAAUAAGAAAUGUUAUCAAAAAGCAAGGAGGUGCUGGAGCUGGUUCCAAAGCUGACAAAUUAGAAAAGCUGAUGAUUCGCAUAGGAAUAUUUAGCGUAUUAUAUACUGUACCUGCUACAAUAGUCAUCGGUUGCCAUUUGUAUGAAAACACUUUCCAUGAAGAAUGGAUGAAAUCUCUAGCUUGUACUUGUCCUGCUAACGUAAUUUCCAUGAAGGAGAGGCCUAUAUACUCUGUCUUAAUGCUCAAAUAUUUCAUGGCCUUAGCUGUAGGCAUUACUUCAGGGGUUUGGAUUUGGUCGGGAAAGACCGUCGAUUCGUGGAGAAGACUCUCAAGAAGACUAUUAGGAAGAUCAGAUCUGUCGGGAGCUAACGCAGCUUUGAUCAAGAACCGAAACAAACCUCCCCCGCCCGGUUUUCUAAUGGCCGGUCCAGGUAGUGCUUCUCUUCUCGGUCCCACUGGUAGUGUUGCCUCUGCCAGCCAGCAUCAUCUCCACCACCAUGUCUUGAAACAACCACCGCUCAGUCACGUAUGACAAGCGGGAGAAGGGGCCGCACCUGUUAUCGUGAGCCAUCCACCCCAAGGUUCUGGACCUUCGUUAAGCAAUUACGGGCCCAUUUGAGUGACCGCCUGGGGGCCCAGAGAUAUGGUCACAGCUCUCUAGUCUUCGCCGGUGCCAAGUCGGACACUUCUUUUUUGUACAGAAAAUUUUUCCUAGUUUUGUUAUAUAUUUAUUUAUUGAAUAUAAGUGUAUAAAUGUGAAGGGUUAUAUACUCAUGAGGAUUUAUUUUUAUUGAAAGGGGAUUCCACAUUUUAUACUACAAUUCUUUUCAAAGCUCACUAAAAUAUUUUACAUUUAUAGUCUCGUAACUAGCUAAAUUGUCAGGCGAAUGAAACCCGUGACAAGACAUCUCGUAACGCGACAGUUCGUAACCCCAUAAAUGGUAACGGACAAUUCGUAAUCCGUCAAUUCGUAACUGUAUAAUUCGUAAAGUCAAAAUUGAAUUCUGUUUAUUUUCGUUAACGUGGAAACAAACUUUUAUUACAGUUGCAGUUGAAAUUAUGUUUAUUAAUUUAACGAAGCAGCAUUAGGAUAAACAUUUUUUCUACGAGCGUGAAAAAAUGUCUACUUUCGCGCACGCAUUUUAGUUUAGAAAGUUUCACUUUUCCGCACGCGUGUUACUUUUCCGCACUCGGUUUUUACUUUUCCGCACGCGUGUUAAUUUAGAUAUGUUAAUAUGUCCUUAAAGUAAUUAUAAUACAUGCAAUAAACUAAUAUUUAGAGAUUAUUUACUAAUUUAUUUCAAAUACAUCUUAUUGUGUUCCUGUUUUAAUGAAAUUAACGCGACAAUUCGAUGAAAUAAAAUUAUUUUGACAUAAUAUUCGAUAGUCAAAUCGAUAGACAAUAACAGUCGUUUUGAAUCAUCGUCAUGGAAACCAAGAUCGUCGUCAUGCUAACUAAUUAUAUUGAAAGUUUGGUUUUGACAACCUUGUCAAAGAAUUAAUUUGUGUAUGUAUUUUCAUAUUAAUUAAAUUAAUUCAUUAAGAUUUGGUCAUUUUUUAAAGACUCUUAGAAAAAAUAUUGUUCGUAACUCUUGCAGAAAGUCUCUUUUCCGCACUCGACUGCUUGCCGAACUCCCGCUUCGCGUCGUUCGGCAAACUGCAGUCGCGUGCGCAAAAGAAUUACUUUCUGCACUUGUUGGGAAAAUAACUAUUUAACACAUUCCAUAUUUCGUGGAGAAAUAUUUUGAAAAUUGUGUCUUAAAGUUAACGUCGCUGUUACUAAUGUUACGAAAUGUCGCUGUUACGAAUUAACGAGUUAUGGAUUGUCCGUUACCAUUUUUGUGGAGUUAUGAACUGUCGCGUCACGAGAUGUCAUGAAACCAAUUGAACUAUACGUUUCACAUACAUAACGAAACUGUCAUAUACUUAUAAUAGUUCAGUAUAAAUAAAAUCCAUUGAAUCCAUGCUAAAGAAUUUUUAGAUAUUUCUUUGAACCAACAGUUUUUCAUUUAAAUCUUUUUUUAAUCUCAGAACAAUCAUUCCUAUAAAAGUUACUGACCAAUUGGUUCAGAAAUACAGCAACAAUUCCUAAAUGAAACAAACAUUUUCACAUUAACUAUACUCUGUUUUUAAAUUAGGAGGAGUAAACUCAGAUUCACACCCAAUAAUGUCAUCAGAAAAAUCCCCAGAUUGAUCUUCUAAAAAAAAAGAGUUCUAAAAACAACAGUUUUUAUAUAAUUGCAGAUUGAAAAUUUGCAGCGUAGAAAAAUAGCGUAGAAAACGCAAAAAAUCGCCGAUAUAGCUUAUUAACCUAUGAAUUUUAAAUGCCAAUAGUGUCUUCAUAAAGGUCAAUAGUGUAAAAAUUUCAUAAUUUAGUGGAGUAGACUUGCCUGCGGUUGGACCAAUUACAAACAAGCAUUACGGCGUGAUAAAUUUGAAUUACUCCUCCUAUAGUCCGUUCCACCUUAACUAACAGUAUAGGGAACAUAGGCAACUCAGCCCUUUUGAGAGUUUUUAGCGCGGUGAUGCCGAUUUUAUCAAAAAUAAUUUGUAAUCUAACAUUAGAGAGAUUAAAUUAAAACUGUCUUAGAAAGACAAUCUACAACUUUAGGAUUCGUAUGCGUUUAAGUUUAUUUGAUAUACUACAGUUAUUACGCAUAUGGAUCCUAAAAUUGUAGAUUUCCUUUCUAAAACAGUUUUAAUUUAAUCUCUCUAAUGUUAGAUUACAAAUUAUUUUUGAUAAAAUCGGCAUCACCGCGCAAAAAACUCUAAUAAGGACUGCAUUGUCUAUGUUCCCUAUACUCUAAAGUCAAGGUGGGACGGACUAUAGUUUAAAAACGAGGUAUAUUUUCUUUUUACCAAAUCACCAAGUUCCAACAGACAGUGAUGUAGUAUUCACAGAAAAAUUACCACAUUCAACAAACAUGUAACGAAAGCGCAUAUAAAAAAUAUGGAACCCUCAAUAGCCUGACUCAGAUGUAUAAAUUUACAUAUUUUAAAUCUAAAUGAUUUCUUUAACUCAAAAAUAAGUAGAUACUUUGUUAUUUUACACUAACCAUGACGUAGUUAAUAGGAGAUAACAUCCAAAAGCUGUAAAUAGUUUUACUCAUUGAAUACACAACCAAUAUCCUAAUAGGGCAUUCCAACAUGCUGUCAAAAUUAAAUCAAUAUGGCGGCUGGGACGCAAACAUAAAUGUUAUUCUAUCAGUUUUUAACGUGUUUUAGAUCAUGUUAGUUGCGUUUCUUUAUAAUGUUGUUUUGUACAAAGAUUGAUUUUAUUUUCACUGGAAGAAUUAAUAUAAAAAGAUAAUAUGCCGCAUUUCUGUUGUGUUUUGAAGUGUGGAAUCAGAAGUAAUCGUGAAAAAGUUCAGUUUUAUCGACUACCAUCAGUGCUACAUUUUAUGCAUAAAACAACUAAAUAAGUUAUCAUCUGAGAGACAAAACCAAUGGUUAAACGCUAUAAAACAUCCUAUAAAAAUGCUAAAUAACUAUGUCCAUGUUACUUACGCUUGGAAAACUGUCUCCACCGUAGGUUAAAUCAGACCCCUUAAGGGAAAAUGGACCUACAUUAUUUAUAUUGCCAAUAUAUUGCUUGUAGGUACCUAUUAGCAACAUCUGUAUUGUCUACCAACAACUUUCAAAAAUAUUCACUCAUAUUAAAUAUGAGUGAAUAAACAAAUUUUAUUUAUUCACUGCUUAAAACUAAAGUCGUUCAAGUACUUCUACAACCAAAAACUACACCAAAUCUAAAAAAUGUUAACGCUAAAAAACUUAAGAAAAAAUGUGGUACAAAUAUAAACAAAUACAAUGGUUGACUCCCAGCGGUGCCAUAAACGUCAAAAUCUUGGAAUGCCCUAUGUUACUGUUUUCAUAACCUUCUUUAAAUUUAGCGUCUUCAUUUUCUUUGAACAGAGUUGAAAUUACACGUAAAUGUGAUGAAAGUGUUUAUAUAAUUGUGAAUUUUUGUAGUUUUUGCUCAAAAUUUGGUACAAUUAUUUUGGUUCUGCUUAUAUAAGGGGAUUUAGAUUUGCUCAAACAAUGUCAAAGGAACCGCAUAAUAUGCCAGAUUAUGUGUAAUGUCAGAUUAUGACAUAUGACAGAAUAUGACAACUGACACAUUAUGUUUGUUUGAAGUAAUAAUUUCAUAUUUCGAAACUUCAGUUCAUAUUUUCUUAUUUGUGGAAUCGCGGAAUAUUUUGAAUGCUUCGCUAUUUUAAGAAUACCUACUUAAUCAAAAGUGUUCUUAAAUGAUUGUACCAAAUGGUGGUCUUUUACAAAAUAGUCAAUGGUAAUUGAAGCAUCAUGUAACAGAAUAAUUACCUUUGGCUAAAUUUAACGAAAAGUACAAGAGAAUAUAAAACCGAGUCGAAAUUACAAAGGAUUAGUCCUAUAAUAUUAAAUAAGUUAAAAAAGCGGUAUACAGGGUACCAACAUUCUUAAAAAUAUCAUCGUGUUCGUACGACUUGGUUGUUUUCUCUUGUACGUUCAAAAUUUAUACUCUCCUCUCAUUGAGGAUCUACCACAAGUGAUUGAUAAAUACGUAAAUAAAAUUAUUUUAAAAUUUUAAUGGUAAGGUUCUAUGUACUAAUAAUAUAUGUCCAAACGAGUACACAAGCAAAUUUUGGUACUUAGUAAUAUCUAUUACUGUAAUCAUAAAAAUGAUCUACAAGGAUUCCAUAAAUAUGUAAUAUUAUUAGGUUUAACUUAGGUAGAUCAUUACAAGACCAAGGAAAUAAGUAGUACUACCGCUCCUGCAUGUGAUUUUUGCUGUUUUCCUGAACAAAUAAUAAAAUUCAGAUACUUGAUAUUUAUAGCUGUUUUUAUUUUGCAGUCGACGUGUACUGGAUUCUACAUUUUAGAUUUCUCAUACGCAUUUUACCGUGUAGGACUGUCUCAAAUGGUUUCACAGUACCUACCGGUAUACCUCUUUACAUCCUCAUCAAAAUAUGGCUUCAGAAAAUACACAUUGGAACUUCCGGUAGAAUUUCUUGAAAAAUAUAAGCUAUGUCCUUAUUUGUAGAAUUCGCAAAGUUUUUCGUAUAACUUCUUUUUUUUUCGUUCUGUUCUUAGGCAAGACUCAAAAGUCUUUGGUACUGAGUCGUAAGACCAUUGUCCUCCAUUAAACUUUACCAGGUAAUUCCUUGCUUUCAACGAAAACCUGCAACUUCCUUAUAGCUUUCGCUUACUGCGCUUUGUCAGGUUGCGACUCUUCCAGUGAUACUGUAUAUAAAUUUCUUUAUAUGGAUUAGCUCUUUUAUGGAUUACCACUUACUUUGAUAACUCUUUUCCAACCAUUUUUGAACCUCAUAUCUUGCAGCGUCUUUAGUCACUCUACAGAGCGGCUUUGGGCCCAUAAAGGUUUUUCUCCAGCCUCGUUUUGUUAACUAGUCUUUUUGUUCUUUCCCUUGCACCCCCUCAUGCACCAGCAACCAUCUUAAGACAUAUUGUUGCCUUCUACCAGCCUGUUAUGGAGGGUCUUGCAAUUACUCACCAGAUUUGAUUUGGUAAAUUUACUUUACUUGAUCAAUUUUUACCGCCAUAAUAAUAUUAUGGCUUUCAGCUUAAAUAUUAAUAAUUCUCUUAGCUAUGUGCUAUUCCCUUUAGCUUUAGACCUCUCUUAGCUAUUCCCUUUAAACUUCGUAACGUAUCGGUUUAGACUUUUAGACUAAUAGUGCAAAAACUUCAACACAGAACACCGUACUGUGUUCACUAAGGCUGUAAAGGUUUUUGUAUCUUGUCGUCUAUCCAAGAUCCCCAUUAAAACAAUUAAAUCCCGAUUGGAAUUCUGUACCCUAGUGUCCUAGUGAUAUUUGUGUGAUUAUUAAAUUCAACCUUAGAUAUCGAUGUGUAGUUGGCUUUCAGUUUCAGGAUAGCUAUAAAGGCUACCGCUGAAUUAUACAAACACAGCAGACACAGACCUAUCAGAGCUAAAAAUGCUGUCCCUGUACUAUUCAGGAAUCAUGUGGUAUUCAUGAACAUAUGUCUGUAGGGUGAUGAGAUUAGUUGCACAGAACUGUAUAACCAGCCAGUAACUUUUGGUUUUCGUAACAGGUUUUACCUAUGACCCUUUGGCAACACGAGAAAAGUUGCCUAGCUCUGUUGGAUAUAUUAGUAUAAGUUCUCAUGACAAAAAAGUGCUUAUGGAAAACUGGUCUCACUAUAAACAUUAUAUUAUUUAUAUAUACAUCUGAGGUAUGUUUAAUUUCCAUGUCAUCUAUCAUGUUUUCGAGCAUAAAGAUUACUUGAGAGCUGGGUCGCUAUUUAAGUCACCAAGUCACCCGGUCUGUUUCCUAGUUUCUUCCUCACACCAACUUAAAGGUGAAGUUGGUCUUUGUACAGCAUCCUUGAUCUUCUUUCCAGUCCGGUUAAAAUUCUCUUAAAAAGCCAUCGUUUGUUUCAAAAUGAUAUGAUUCCAUUUGUUGCCUUCAUUAUUAGCAUUCUUCUAAAUAAAUAUUAAAUAUUUGAUGUUGAUAAUUUUAUUAGCAAAUCACACUUGCAUAUUACGGAUUAUCCAAAUACAUAUCCUAUAAUUGAAUUAGCAUACAAUCGUCCAUUUUUUGAUCUACAUUAAGAUUAAGUUCAUAUUUUUUAGUUUUCAAAGUCGAAGGUUCACAUAGGAAAAUAUUAUGACUGCAACUUUGUUUACCUCUCUUAAAGGGCUGUACGUACUAUUUGAUCCUUAAAGUCUCUUGUGAGGAUUUAGCAAUAAUAUCUUUUCAUUACUGUACGCUUACUUUUACUUAUGCUGUACAGUAUUGAGACAGUUAUUAAGUGCAUAUACAGACAUCUAUUGGAAUCGCUAUACAAGUACCAAAGUUUUUUUGUCAAUUCAGAUGGAUUAAAAAUUUAUUUGAUUGUCUAGUGAGUGCUGUGAAUAGACGCAUGAGCAUUUGAUAAUUCAAUGGAAGUCUGUGGGUAAAAGAAGUAAAAUAAUAUAGCCAUAUUUGUGCCAUAAUAAACGUUAUCGGGGGACCAUCCACUGGAAUGGAGAUUUACAUUUCAUUGAGGUAUCAAGAUGAGUGAUUGAAACGACAAUUUUUUGAAAGGAUCUUAUAUUAUGUAAAUAUAUAUUCUUGUAGAGAUUUUCUUGUUAGACGUUAGGAUUUCUUUUUGGUACCAACCCCAUAAUCUUUUGUACUUAUAACCGUCUAUGUAACCGAUUUUUGUAUAUAGAUAUACAAGCAGCAAAUGAAACAUAUUGUAUCAAAAAUAAGGCUGCUAACCAGACACAUACUAAUAGGGAAUAACAUAGUUAACCUGUUGAUUGUAUGUAAGGAACAAAACGUGAUUCACUGUAUCCAUAGAGUUCGACAUUUCUUGCAACUUUUGAGAAAAUAGACGUUCAAUAGAAACACAAAUAUAUUAAAAUCUAAAAUUUAGAGCCAGCCAAAAAUCUCAUUGGGAUCUAGAGAUUGAAAGCAACCAAUAUUUCAUAUUAUGGUUAAAUUGUCUUCAAAUAAUACAGCCUUAUGGAAAUAGAAAAUUCUGGAGCUUCACUCAGGUACUGCAAAGUUUAAAAUAAGAAACUUAAAAGCAAAAACUACUUAGAUACACUUUGUCAAAACUAGGAAUGAAAAUUCUACAAUCGGUACACCCACUUGAUGCGUAGCAAAAUUACUGGAAAUUACCGUAGUAAAAGAAUAAAAGAAGUAAACUCGACCUGUAAACUUCAUUUUAAAAAUCAAGUAGUCUAGUCUCGACGUUCAUCUAUCUCUUUCUUUCUGAAUACUUUCCCUGUCUGUGCUCUGCGCAGAUGUGCAAAAUUUCGAAAGACAUUUCUGGUGUUCACGAGUAAUAUGACAAAUAUUAUUUUAUAUUUGAUGUAUGGAUGGAAUCCAUACAUGGAUUCCAUCCAAUACAAUGGUAUUUGAUGGAAUUUAUUCAUUAAUGUACUAGUUCUCAUUCGUUUUAUUGGAACUCUGAUGUUGCAAAAGAUGCAGAACUCAAAAAAUAGCUUUAUUAUAAAUAGCCGUAGUACAUAUCAAAUUUUUAUAUAUAUAAAAAAUCAAAUGUUUAUAAUUCGCACAUUUCUUUGGUUGUAAGGAUAAGUUAUUAACACGUUUCUCUCCUUUUUUAUAACUAUAUUUACUGUUUUUUGUACAUUAUUUUUUAUGCUACAAUAUUCAAACUUCGACUGAGCACAAAGUUGUUUUUGUAUAUUUUUUUAAAGAAAAAAACUUGUACAGUAUAUUAUUUGUAACUGCGUGUAUAGUAGUGUUAGUUACUGUAACUUGUCUGUAUGCUUCAAAUUGUAUACGAUUAAUGAUUAUAUUUUAUUGUUCGAAUUUAAA